UUUAUUUUUGACGACUUCCGUCUGCAUGGAACGCUUUAUUGAUGCAACAGUACACGUUUGUACCAGCUGACGUCACAUCGCCGCGUUGCUGUCUUUCUGUUUCCCGCCGUGGUUGCCCAGGCGACUACUACAUGGUGAAGAAGCUGCUGGAGGAGAAACGGCACGGCGAGCUCAACCUCAACUGCAUCGACGUCCUGGGCCGAGACGCCGUCACCAUCUCCAUUGAGAACGAGAACCUGGACAUUCUCCAGCUUCUCCUGGAGCAUGGCUGCCAGGCGACAGACGCCUUGUUGGUGGCCAUAGACUCUGAAGUGGUGGGAGCAGUGGACAUUCUCCUCAACCAUCGGCCCAGGCGAUCUUCCAAGCCCUCCAUCGCCAAACUGAUGCAGCGGAUUCAGAAUCCGGAGUAUUCCACCACCAUGGAUGUGGCUCCAGUCAUCCUGGCCGCCCACAGGAACAACUACGAGAUCCUGACCAUGUUACUGAAGCAAGACAUCUCUCUGCCGCGGCCCCAUGCCGUGGGCUGCGAGUGCACCCUCUGCAACGCCAAGAACAAGAAGGACAGCCUGCGUCACUCCAGGUUCCGUCUGGACAUCUACAGGUGCCUGGCCAGCCCCUCGCUCAUCAUGCUGACUGAAGAGGAUCCCAUACUCAGGGCCUUUGAACUGAGCGCCGACCUCAAGGAGCUCAGCUUGGUGGAGGUGGAGUUCAGGAACGACUAUGAGGAGCUUGCCAAGCAGUGUAAGAUGUUUGCCAAGGACCUGCUGGCCCAGGCCCGAAACUCCAGAGAGCUGGAGGUCAUUCUCAACCACACCUCCAGCGAGGAUCACGUUGACAAGCGAGGCCUCCUGGAGGAGCGCAUGAACCUCAGCAGGCUUAAGCUGGCCAUCAAAUACAACCAGAAGGAGUUCGUGGCCCAGUCUAACUGCCAGCAGUUCCUCAACACGGUGUGGUUCGGAGAGACGGCCAGCUACCGGCGCAAGCACACCUGCCUCAAGAUCGCCACGGUGCUGAGCGUGGUGGUCCUCUGGCCACUACUGUCCGUGUGCUACCUGCUGGUGCCGCGCUCCCGCGUGGGCCAGAUCAUCCACACACCCUUCGUCAAGUUCAUCAUCCACAGCGCCUCGUACCUCACCUUCCUGCUGCUGCUCAACCUCUACUCACUGCUCUACAGCGAGGGCAAGAAGAACACCAUGGGCCCCACGCUGGAGAUGAUCGACUACCUGCUCAUCCUCUGGAUCAUAGGGAUGGUGUGGUCAGACGUGAAACGUCUGUGGUACGAGGGGCUGGAGGACUUUCUGGAAGAAUCCAGGAACCAGCUGAGCUUCGUCAUGAAUUCCCUUUACCUCGCCACAUUUGCCCUCAAGAUAGUGGCACACAGCAAGUUCAAGAACGUGGCGGACACGGAGAGGAAGAACUGGGAUGCCUUCCAUCCCAUCCUGGUGGCCGAGGGCCUGUUUGCCUUCGCCAACGUUCUCAGCUACCUGCGACUCUUCUUCAUGUACACGACCAGCUCCACACUGGGGCCACUGCAGAUCUCUAUGGGCCAGAUGCUUCAGGAGUUUGGCAAGUUUCUAGGCCUCUUCCUACUAGUGCUGUCCUCCUUCACCAUCGGACUGACCCAGCUCUAUGGGAAGGACCAGAAAGACCCCGACAAGAGCCCGCCUAGCGACUGCGAGGGCAUUUUCUGCCAGCAACAGAGCAACGACGCAUUCCACACGUUCAUGGGUACCUGUUACGCUUUGUUCUGGUACAUCUUCUCCCUGGCGCACGUGGCUCUGUUCGUCACCCGCAUCAGCUACACGGAGGAGUUGCGCUCAUUCGUGGGGGCCCUGAUUGUGGGCACGUACAACAUUGUGGUGGUCAUUGUCCUGACCAAGUUGCUGGUGGCCAUGCUCCACAAAAGCUUCAGACAAAUCGCCAAUCAUGAGGAUAAGGAGUGGAAGUUUGCCAGGGCCAAGCUGUGGCUGAGCUAUUUUGAUGACAAGUGCACCCUGCCACCGCCGUUCAACAUUCUCCCCUCCCCGAAGACCGUCUGCUACCUGGUGACCAGCAUGAGCAAAUGGAUCUGCUCGCACACCUCCACGGGCAAGGUGAAGAGACAGAACAGCCUCAAGGAGUGGAAGAACCUGAAGCAGAAGCGUGACGAGAACUACCAGAAGAUCAUGUGCUGUCUGGUGCAUCGCUACCUGACCUCCACUCGCCAGAAGAUGCAGAGCACGGACCAGGCCACAGUAGAGAACCUCAACGACCUGCGGCAGGACCUCUCCAAGUUUCGCAACGAGAUGCGGGACCUGCUGGGCUUCCGCACCUCCAAGUACGCCAUGUUCUACCCCAGGAGCUAGAGACUUGGAAUAACCUCCCCUGACCUCUUGCCCCAAACCCCAACCGUUGAUCCUCUCCCUUGUCAUGUAUCUGGGACGCCAUCUGACCCAAGCAUGUCUGCAAACUCUCUCUACCCUCUGAGUCACAGAGGUGACUUUUAACAUAGAUAUUCUGCACCGAAGCCUCCUGACUCACCCCACCACCACUACCACCACCACCCCCACCUCCCCAAGUAAUACGCAGUCAACUUGUUUUGUAAAGGGAGAGAGAAAAAAAGUCUUUCUUUUCAAUGAAAGAUGGAAGAGAC